GCAAGAGAGAAGAGGCAGACGCUGUUCAGGUGGACUGCGGUGGACCGUCUACGCGUCGUGAUUUUGACACAAAAAAGAUCUCCGUCAAGGAGAUAAAAGUCGGGAUAUUUAAAAUUCCGCCUUUUCAAUAUCUGAAAAACGGUGCGGAUACCCGUCGGAAUCAUGAGCUACCAAAUGACUUCAAACCAAUCCAGACCUAUGUCACACGGAAAUUAUCAAGGUCCUGGCGACCUGCCAAUGGGGUCUGCCAAGGAGCAGACCCUGAUGUGGCAACAAAAUUCAUACAUGGGUGACUCCGGAAUUCACUCAGGGGCUGCCACCCAGGCACCCUCUCUUUCUGGCAAAGAGGAUGAAGAGAUGGAGGGAGAUCAGCUCAUGUUCGACCUGGACCAAGGAUUCGCUCAAGGAUUCACCCAGGAUCAAGUAGAUGAAAUGAACUCACAACUGAGUCACACUCGCUCGCAGCGAGUCCGAGCUGCCAUGUUUCCAGAAACUCUGGAAGAGGGUAUCGAGAUCCCCUCGACACAGUACGAUCCAGCUCAACCAACAGCUGUUCAGAGACUGGCCGAGCCGAGUCAGAUGCUCAAGCAUGCCGUUGUGAAUCUGAUCAACUAUCAGGACGAUGCAGAUCUCGCGACUCGAGCAAUUCCCGAGCUGAUAAAGCUGCUGAACGACGAGGAUCAGGUGGUGGUGUCGCAGGCGGCAAUGAUGGUGCAUCAGCUCUCGAAGAAGGAAGCCUCGCGUCACGCGAUCAUGAACAGUUCGCAGAUGGUGGCCGCUCUGGUGCGCGCAAUUUCCAACAGUGACGACCUGGAGUCGACAAAAGCGGCGGUCGGGACUCUGCACAAUUUGUCGCAUCAUCGACAAGGUCUCCUGGCGAUCUUCAAGAGCGGAGGAAUCCCAGCGCUUGUCAAACUGCUCAGCUCGCCGAUGGAGUCGGUACUCUUUUACGCGAUCACCACUCUUCACAAUCUUCUGCUGCAUCAGGAGGGAUCGAAAAUGGCGGUCAGACUUGCCGGAGGUCUCCAGAAAAUGGUCGCUCUUCUGCAGCGAAACAAUGUCAAGUUCCUGGCUAUUGUCACUGACUGUCUGCAGAUUCUUGCCUAUGGCAAUCAGGAGAGCAAGCUGAUUAUUCUCGCCUCUCAAGGACCCACGGAGCUGGUGCGAAUUAUGCGAUCCUACGAUUACGAGAAGCUGCUCUGGACUACUUCGCGAGUUCUUAAAGAAGAAAAAUCCUCCCAAGAAACGGUGUGUCAAGUUGGAGGAGUGGACGCGCUCGUUCGGACAAUUGUGAAUGCAGGAGAUCGGGAAGAAAUCACAGAACCAGCCGUCUGUGCUCUACGUCACUUGACGUCGCGCCAUCAAGAGGCGGAAAUGGCACAGAAUGCGGUGCGCUCAAAUUACGGCAUUCAAGUGAUUGUGAAGCUUCUUCAGCCACCUUCCAGGUGGCCUCUGGUGAAAGCCGUCAUCGGACUGAUUCGAAAUCUGGCCCUGUGCAAUGCAAAUCACGCACCUCUGCGCGAACACGGAGCGAUUCAUCAUCUGAUCAGACUCCUGAUGCGAGCAUAUCAAGACACGCAGAGGCAACGAUCGUCCGUAGCGAGCACCGGAAGUCAAGUGACACCCGGAGCCUAUGCGGAUGGAGUUCGUAUGGAAGAAAUUGUGGAAGGUACCGUCGGAGCUCUUCACAUUCUUGCACGAGAAUCGCAUAACAGAAGUGUCAUCCGAUCUCAAAAUGUCGUUCCAAUUUUCGUUCAGUUGUUAUUCAACGAAAUUGAAAAUAUUCAACGUGUCGCGGCCGGCGUUCUCUGCGAAUUGGCAGCGGACAAGGAAGGCGCGGAAAUGAUUGAACAGGAAGGUGCGACAGCACCUUUAACCGAACUUUUGCAUUCGAGAAACGAGGGUGUUGCCACUUACGCAGCCGCAGUUUUAUUCCGCAUGUCGGAAGAUAAACCGCAAGACUACAAAAAAAGACUUUCCAUGGAAUUAACGAAUUCUCUCUUUCGCGAAGAUCCGAAUUUAUGGAACGGCGGUGAUUUUGGAAUGGGUCCUGAUUUACAGGACAUUCUUGGGCCUGAUCAACCCUAUGACGGUAUGUAUGGACAAGGACCCCCUAGUGUACACAGCAGCCAUGGAGGUCGAAAUUAUCAACAACAAGCAGGUUAUGACCAGAUACCAAUAGAUUCAAUGCAGGGAUUGGAAAUAGGCGGGAGCUCACCUUAUGGUCAAAUGGACACCAUGGAUGUGGCCCAAGGUGAUCUAAGCUUCGAUCAUCUCGAAGAACUUCCUGCACCGCCCCAAGAUAACAACCAGGUGGCCGCCUGGUACGAUACCGAUCUCUAAAUUUAUCCCGCCGCAUCCUCGGAUAUAUCGCGAGAUGUUAGUCACAACAUUUUUAGCAUCUUUCGUCUUCUGGCGCUCUUUUAUUUGCUCUCACCCUUUAUCCUUCCCAGUGGACACAAAACGAUUAAAAUUACAACGUCCUUGGUGCGUUUUUAGGACGUCCUUGGUGCAUUUUUUGGACGUAUUUGGCGCGUUUUUAGGAUGACCUUGGUGCGUUUAUAGGAUGUCGUUGGUGCGUUUUUAGGACGUCCUUGAUGCGUUUUCAGGACGAUAUUAGUGCGUUCUUAGGACGUCCGUGGUGCGUUUUUAUGAUGUCAUUGGUGCGUUUAUAGGACGUCCUUAGUGCAUUUUUAUGAUGUCAUGGGUGCGUUUUUAGGACGUCCUUGGUGUGUUCUUAGUACGUCCUUGAUGUGUUUUUAGGAUGACCUUGGUGCGUUUUUAGGACGUCCUCGGUGCGUUCUUAGUACGUCCUUUGUGCGUUUUUAUGAUGUCCUUGGUAUGUUCUUAGGACGUCAUUGGUGCGUUUAUAGGACGUCCUUAAUGCGUUUAUGGGAUGACCUUGAUGCGUUUUUAGGACGUCCUUGGUGCGUUCUUAGUACGUCCUUGCUGCGUUUUUAGGAUGUCCUUGGUGUGUUCUUAGGACGUCCUUGGUGCAUUUUUCAUACGAUAUUAAUGCGUUCUUAGGACGUCCUUGCUGAAUUUUUAGGUCGUCCUUAGUGCGUUUUUAGGACGUCCUUGUUGGUUCUUAGGGCGUCCUUAAUGCGUUUUAGGACGAUAUUAGUGCAUUCUUAGGACGUCUUUGGUGCGUUUUUAGGACGUCAUUAGUUCGUUCUUAAGGUUUCCUUGGUGCGUUCUUAGGACGUCCUUGAUGCUAUUUUAGGACGAUAUUAGUGCGUUUUUAGGACGUCAUUAGCUCGCUCUCAGGGCGUCCUUGAUUGGUUAUUAGGACGUUCUUGGUGCGUUUUUCGGACAUCCUUGGUGCGUUCUUAGGACGUCUUUGAUGCGUGCUUAAGGCGCUAUUUGUGAGUUCUUAGGACGUCCUUGAUGCUAUUUUUGGCCGAUAUCAGUGCGUUCUUAGGACGUCCUUGGUGCGUUUUUAGGACGUCCUUAAUUUUUUUUCCCACUGGGUUUUGAUUCAAAGUAGUUUCUACGAAUCCGUACGAGAGUUCAUUCAUUCGAAACAGUCUUAGCUUCCCUAGACUGGCGGAUAUGAACCAAUAAAUUUUAGAGUAAAGAAACAACAGUUAUGGUAAACCGAAGCACACGAUGCGUGACAAAAACGAUGUCGUGGUGCCCCCUAGCGAUCUAUAUUCGCCCACUAUACCGGUCCCGUAGUCAAUAGACUAUGAUUAAGUGAAUAGAAAAAGAAAAAUGCAAAAAAAAAAGGAACAGUAAGUAUAAGUUAGUCUCAGAGCCGUUAUUGGAUCGAAUUAUAGUCAAUGGCAAGUACUUUUGUACGUUGUGCAUUUAUAGAAAAGGAAAUCCGAUCGAACAGGUGAAUACAUUUUUAUACCUUCUUUUUUUACAUGAGUUCUCAAUUGUUAAUACACAGGCGUUACGCUAUUGUAACGCGAAAAAUUGUAGAUUUAGGGGGAAAAAAACUAACGGACAGGGUUGAGAAGAUUCUAAAUGCAAAGGCUGCAAUUUCGUAUUUUAACGAACUUUUCAGUAUUUUAUUUAAAGUAUCAUCGCAAUUGUGCGUGAAUCUGUCUUGUCAUGAAGGCAACUAUUUUAUACGGCGAAUGUGAGGCAAAAUUUGGAGAAUGAAAUUUUAAUCAGCGCCUACGUUAGGGACCAUUUUUUUGUUCAUAGAACACAAAUUUGGAAUUUUUUUACAUGCUUAUAAAGUAUAAUGAAAGUGCAUAGCAGAAAUGUGCGAUGCGAGGCGUCGAAACGACAUUUUGGUGAUUGGUUCCUUCAAUUUGAGACAUCUAAUUUGUUCUUAUUUCGAAGACUGUCUUGCAUUGAACGAACCAUCGACUUAAUUCGACUGCCAGCAUUUUUCGUGAUUAUUAUUAUAUUAUUAUUAUUACUAUUAUGAAUUAUUGAUUUUUUUAUUACUAUUAUUAAACAAUUAUAUACAAUUAUCUACUAACAUUUGUAAGCCGUACUAACCAAAAAUACUACUUAGUCUGAAGUGUUCUCUAUUACCUAAGUAGGAGAAGAAGAAAAAAUCACAUCGGAAGCGUGGUCUCACUUCAAACUCUGACUGAUCGACUUUUUAAAAGAAAAUUAUCGUUACUAUUAAAUAGAGGAGCACUUGUUUUUUUUUCCACAAAUUUAUCGGAUUUAAAUAAUGCUUAAUGUAUGUGAAGGUUGAAAACUUUCUGAGAAAGUAUUAUAUUUGUUAAUUUAUCAUUUUCAAUCGUGCAAUAAUUUAUUUCGAGCUUCUUUCUUUCACAUCAAUUUUUCUCUUCUGCAGAAGUGAAAAACGAGUGAAAUCCUGAUCCCAGUGAAUACCGCUUCUUUUGAAACGUUGGUGUCAUUUUUAAAUAUUGAUGAAAUACAAUCAUGUACGUGUAGAGAUUUUGGGUCUACAAAUUAAUUUGGCGCCUUUAGUUUGACGUAUUUUCCUGACUUGGUCAAGUUUUUUUUUUUCUGCCCUAAUGUAGUUUUAGAGAGCGACCUUAAACUUUAAAGCACAAAAUAAUAUAUGGUGGUCCUGCGGACUUGGGUGGUGGUCCUGCGGAAUGAUAUAUCAGGGUAGGUCCGCAAGACCGCCAUCUAUUAGAUUGUAUUUUGAAGUUUUAAGGGCGGAAAAAUUCAAUUUUGUGCAAGAGUUACAAGACUUUAAAUUUAAGGCGUCAAAUUAAUGUGUAACCCUAAUAAUAUGAAAUUUUGCAUUACGCAUCAUACAGGGUAGUAAUACUUAAUUUUUAUUAUCGUUGUCGAUGUGUUAGAUUUAAGCGAGAGACGUACAUAAUACGUACAUACAAUGUAUAUGUAUUGUUUAACUGUCUAUACAAAUAAAGUAAGUGAAUAAGUAAUCGAA